CUCUCAUUGAUUCAACGUUCCGCUUGUAAAUGCAUUUACAGGGAUGGCAAAUCGAGCUUCAACUUCUGCGACCAUGUCUACUAACUACAAUGUCUUUCUGAGUUUCAGGGGUGAAGACACGCGUCAUGGAUUCACAGGUCAUCCCUAUGAUGCUCUCUGCCGCAACGGAAUCAACACCUUCAUCGAUGAUGAGAAUCUCAGAACAGGAGAAACAAUUCGACCUCAACUCCUUCAUUCCAUUGAAGCAUCAGAGAUCUCCAUUAUUGUUUUCUCAACAAACUAUGCAGCUUCAACAUGGUGCCUUGAUGAACUCGUCAAGAUCCUGCAAUGUCACAGGGAAAGGAACCAACUUGUGUUUCCGGUCUUCUACAAAGUAGAACCCUCAGAUGUACGGCAUCAGAGGAACACUUACAAGGAAGCCAUGGAUGCUCAUGAAAUCAGGUUUGAUUGUCAUUCUCAGAAGGUGAAAGAAUGGAAGGAAGCUUUGGCCGAAACAUCCAACAUGAAAGGCUUUCAUUUGAAACAAGGAGGGCCUAGUACGUCUACAGCAAAAGCUCCUCUCAGAGUUGCUUGGGGAGGGGAAAAUCAAGGUCUGCAGUGUUGAGGAAGGAAUCAGUAUGAUCAAAGAGAAACUUAGCAAAAAAAAGAGCUCUUAUUAUUCUUGACGAUGCUGAUAAGAUAGAACAAUUAAAAGCUUUGGCAGGAGAAUGUGAUUGGUUUGAUCAAGCAACUCAAAUUAUUAUAACAACAAGGGAUAAAUAUCUGCUAACAGCUCAUAAAGUCGAACAGAUUUCCGAGAUGAAAUUGCUAAGUGACCCUGAAUCUCUAGAGCUCUUCUGUUGGAAUGCCUUCAACAUGGCGAGUCCCAAAUCAAACUAUGAAGACCUAUCCAAUCAAGCAAUACAUUAUGCCAAGGGCCUUCCAUUAGCCUUAAAAGUUAUAGGCUCUAAUUUGAUUAAUAAAAAUUUAGAAGAGUGGAAGUCUGCUUUGGACAAAUAUGAGAAGAAUCCUCAUACAGAUAUUCAAAGUGUUCUUAGAGUAAGCUAUGACAGUCUUGAAAGCAAUGAAAAGGAUAUUUUCUUGACAUAGCAUGCUUCUUCAAUGGGAAGAAAUGUGAAUAUGUAAAAAAUGUAUUCGAUGGAUGUGAUAUGUUUACAGAAGAUGGUAUUAGAGUACUAGUUGAUAAUCUCUCGUAACUAUCAAAGGAUGCAUGAUCUAAUACAGA